GUCUCUUACUGUAUAUGGGGUGGGAAAUGACGCAUUUUUGUUCGAAGGAACUUUUGCGAAGUCUGAAGAACACUGUGUGUGUGUUUAUAGCCAGACGACCAAACCGUUGUGACAGUCUAGUUUGUAGGAUCAGCUAACAUGGGAUGUUGACAGCCGUCCUUUCCUGCAGUGAAAUGAACCGCCAUUCUUUGUUGGAGGGACUGUCUUCAUAAUCACAUUCUGUUAUGAAUUAGUAGAAAGAAUCGACUUUCUGUUUUGCACUGUAUACCGUACUCACAUUAUACAAUUUGUUCUGCAACAAAGUUCUUCCAGUAUUUUGGAUCAUUCACGCUGUCACGAAAAAAGUAUUUGAUAUGUUCAAGCAUAUUUAAUGAGACGAUAUAUAUUUUAGCCUAUAUAUGAAAAAAAUUACAGGAGGAAACUAUCUUGACAAGAAUUGGAUUUAAAUUGGCUUCACUAAAAUAUAUGGUGGGUGACAUUUAUUCUGAUACCUUUAAAGCGGAGUUAAGGUAACAUCGACACUAGGAGUCAUAGUGGUCUUUGGUUAUAGCCAUGGGUUUGUUAAGAUCUACGACCACCGGUCUAAUAAGACAAUCGGGACUAAGCCUAUGGAUACUGUCCGUCUUGAUGGUUGUCCUGUCAGCCGUACUACACACCUCUCAAGCUCAGAUUCAUGGACGCAAUGGACCUUUUGAUCGUGUGACCCGUCUCCUGCAGAGGCAGCAGGAGUCGAAGAGAGGUCCAAGCUUGAACUUAGAACAGACCCAGCUUAUGAUUGAUACAUUGUUACAGAGAGUUGAUUGCUAUAGUUCCACCAACCCUGAAGUAUGUGAUUGGUGCAUACCUGCAGAAACCCUCUUCCGAAUAGUGGGAAUAGAUGCCAGGGAUGGUUACCUUAGCGAAGAAACGUUUGGUCCAGCUAGUCUGGUCAUUCUCUACUACAUCCACGCUCCAGAGGCCACAUGUACCCUAGGUCCUUCUACCACUGGCACCAAUGAUUCCUUCUCCUACAGAGACUACCUUCUGGCACUGAGUGGUCUCGACUCCUCGGGCUCCGUCCCUAAGCUUGGCUCCAGUUUCGCAUUUGGAAAAGGUGCUCUGUUCUCAGAGAAUAAAUUGGAGUUGCUUCUGCAGAGCAUCAAUAAGACAUACAUACCAACGUCUUCUUUUCAGUGUUUUGAAGCCCAUACGCUGAUCGAAGCUGCCAACAUUCUAGAUGAUCGGGACAUCACCCAAGCCGGUCUGGAGAUCCUUGCCGCUCACCUGAUCAGUUCUCUGCUCCAUGGACACUGUAUUGGGGAAGGGCUGCUUGUCCCUCCUUCAUACUUUGCAGAUUUUAUAUUCGACGAGUUUGGUAGAAACCAUAUCAUACGCGAGGCAGGACUUCAGCGUCUUCUUAGCGAUCUCGAUCUCGGCAACGUUCAUACCGACCAUCCAUCAGAUGGUGGAGGGGUCCAUGAUCAUGACCACGGCAGUCCUACAGUCGACCAGGGAUUCGCUGCAGGCCGCGGACAAGGAACAGCUACAGGUCGCGGACAAGGAACAGGCCAAGACCACGGGCAUGAUCACGCCGGGCAUGACCACGGAAUGGUUCCUGGCGGACGCCAACCGAGAAAUAAAACGACGUCGGCACCACCGACACAAAAUCCCUUUAUCGGCGGGCAUGGCACGCACGGUCAACACGACCAACACGGACAUGGUCAUGCUGGACAUGGUCAUGCUGGACAUGCACAUCGUUUAGGGUAUCUGAUGGGUCAACCGACCAUUCCUGAUUACAACCCCCGUAUCCGAAGGAGAGCAUCACAUCAUGACACACACUCAAUCGAGCACCAUGCAGAAAACGACACCUUUCAGCAGUGCUAUUCUGGUGAUCAACUCUUGGAUAUAUUCGGAAUCAACGAGGCCUUGGGGAUCUCAGAGAGACAGUUCAACGAACUCUGUCCGGCCAUCUUACAUCAGAUCAUCACAGAUGCCUGUAACCCUGACAGACAUGCUGAUGAUGUACGUCCCAACAGGCCCUUGUCUACUGCGGAAGUUUAUGGUUAUGGAACGCUCUCUGUGUUCAUCAUCACGGCUGUAUCAAUACUAGCUGUUCUUAUUCUACCUUGUCUUAGUGACAAGGUGCAACAAUACGUCAUCCAUGCCUUUGUGGCUCUCUCCAUCAGUACUUUGUCAGGAGAUGCAGUCAUGCAUCUUAUUCCAGAGGCCCUUGGUCUUCACAAACACGGUGGCGAUAGCGAUGACGGUCAUGGACAUCAUAAACCAGAUGGUAGCGACUCUCACAGCUUGACCUUUGUCGAGAUCGACAGUAUGGAUGUUAUGUUCAAGAUGUUGACGGUUAUUGGAGCUAUUUAUUUCUUCUUCCUCUUCGAGUCGAUGAUGAAUGCCUUGUUUAGCAGAAAGACCAGCGAAGACGCGGAGACAAGAAGAUGUUCGCGAUUGGUAGAAGAUUGUGAUGAGAAGACAUCAGUAUUCAAUCAGCAAGCGGAACAGGUUUGGCUGACUGAUGUAGACAAUGGUUUACCCAACCUUCCAGAACCAAGUACUUUAACGCCUCUGUCGGUAAAUAUGAACGGCAAUAACGACGUGGAAGAUCGAUGUUUUGAGAGUCUCGUUCAGGAGCAAAAGGAUGGUGAAAAAAGAUCAUUUCUCAUGAGAGGAAUGGCGCCUGUGUCGAUCAUGGUGCUGAUAGGGGAUUCCUUACACAAUGCACUUGAUGGAUUAGUAAUAGGAGCUGCUUUCACAUCCAAUAUAUUUGUAGGAGUAUCGACGAGUAUCGCUGUAUUAUGCCAUGAAAUACCUCAUGAGCUAGGUGACUUUGCUGUUCUCAUCGAGAAUGGAAUGAGUUAUGGACGAGCUGUAUUCUGGAACUUCGCGAGUGGUUGUUCUGCCUUCAUAGGUUUAUAUCUUGGUAUAAUUAUUGGAACGCGAGAGGGAGCGCAACAGUGGCUUUUUGCAAUCACUGCUGGAUUCUUCCUCUAUAUUUCAAUGGUUGAUUUGUUUGGUGGAAUGUUACGGAAAGAUGAUAGCAGUCAUGGUCACUCUCAUGGUUCAUCAUCGCAUUCGUUGAAGAGAUCGCCUGCAAUGAGUAAUAGACAUAGCUGGCUACAGGAGAUGGCGCUCAACGAGAAAUCGGAGAAGAGAUCCAAGCUCUUAAUUUUCAUAUGUCAGAACAUUGGUUUAUUGUCCGGCUGGGGCAUCAUGUUUCUACUCUCGUACUACGAGGAAGAGCUUCUGCAUCUGAAGAUAUUCCACCGUUGACGAGGGGUCGUGACUCCAUCUACCCCAUCCUUCACCGACGAAAUCCUUCUUUUAAUAGAAAGGAUGAACUUCAGAUGAUCAUGUUUGAGGAAAUAUCGAUUGAAAAGCUGCACUCUUAUCAUAUUUCUUAUCAAUUUUCCUGGACUGUCUUCAAGCUUUAUUGUUUUAUUCUCUAGUUUCCAUGCGAUAUGGAAUACAGGGAUUGCAGGCUGAAAAGAAGUAUUUUCUGAAUGUAUUCUUCGGAACAUGUGUGUGAUAUAUUUGUAUUUACCCACUCAUAGCAUGUUCCUUACUACUGGAAUAGAGAUAAAACUUUGAAAUACUUAAUGAGAAGUAUCGUGAACUAGGGCCUUCAUCAUUAUUUUCCCGGGAGAGAGAAACAACUCUAAAAGUCGAUGAGCGAGAAAAUCAUCAUAUGGCUCUCACAAAUCAUUUAAGAUUUACUUGAUUUGAGAAACUUUUGCCGUAAACAAAAUAACCUGAAGUGUAGAUUUUUGACAAAAUAUCACUGAUUGACCUCAUAAAAAAGAAGGUGGAUAGAUUUAUGAUUUAAGAAUACUUAAAGAUAUGAUAAAUGAGAGUUGAUCUCAUGUAAAUGUCUCAUUAGUUAAUGUACACGUCGAGUGGUUUGUUUUGAGUUCCUAUAUUAAGAAUUCCAAGAAGAAUCAACAUAAUAUACUAAAGAUUUCAUGAAGACAGGGAAGAAGACAUGUUUGCACUUCUUAUAUAUUCAAUAACAAUUUGUUUUUGAAUCAGAACUGACAGGUAUUCAAACCUAUCAAUGCGCUUUU